AUGGUGAAGCUCGAAGAAUUUGACAUCGAAUUGAACAACGCGGAACAUGCCUAUUUUGCGGGGCAAGAGAUCUCGGGCCGGGUUGUGCUCUCGAUAACGGAGCCCAAGAAGAUCAACGAAAUUUUGUUGGAAAUAAAGGGGCGUGCUCGGACCUAUUGGACCAAGGACCGAGGAAAGUCGAGGAAGCAUUGCGCCCACUCGGAGCCCUACUUCUUGGAGCAGUUCAACACCAACUACACGCACAAAUUUGGAUCGGUUGAGAAUCAAGAGCGUAUUCUGCCGGCCGGGAAGCAUGAGAUUCCAUUCUCAUAUACGCUUCCUAAAUUUUUACCGUCAUCUUUUGAGGGCGAAUUCGGGUUUAUUCGAUAUACAAUAAAGGCGCUGUGCGAGCGCCCAUGGGAUUUUGACAUUUCAACGAAACGGGCAUUCACUGUGAUUGGAAUCGAGGAUAUUAAUAGUGAGCCAAAGUUAAACGAACCAGCCAGCUCAAUCGAAUGUUCAACCGCGAUAGCAUGGUGCUGUAGAGGGAAGGGUUCUGUAACAGCCGAGAUAGCGAUACCCAAAACUGGAUACACGCCUGGGGAGCCGUUAUCUAUUACAGGGAAAGUCUGCAACGAGAGUACAAGAUCGAAAACCGCCUGUUUUCGGUUUCUACAAACCAUCACAUACAAAGCCAAAACAUUUGCCGGACAUGAAGAGACAAAAAUUCAACAGCGUGUCAUAGCGAAGAUUCCAAAGGGAGAAGUGAACGCGCAUGAGACACGAAAUCUAUCAGCCCUUCUCCCUCUACCAUCACUCUGCCCGAGAUUAGGAAAAUGUCGAAUUAUUUCAAUAUUGUAUACGAUUGAAUUGGAGGUUGAGCAGGCAGUGACAGCGACAUUGCCGGUGGUGAUUGGGUCGAUACCAGCGUUGUGUGAAUUGUUAUCACAUUCAAAGCAUCGGAAUGGGAAACAACGGCAGAGUAUUGAGCAUAAGGCUGAGGAGAAGACGUUGGAGGCAAGAUGCGUUCAGGUUACAAUAACCGAUGAAAGUGGCCGAACAGUCGAUUCAGCAGAAGCAGAUGCACUUUCCACGGAAUUAGACGCCCUGUUGUCGUCUCGAAAACGGGUCCGUAUGCCAAGUUCCAUCCUCUCCGAACUUUAUCCAACACUGCCAAGUCCAUAUUACAGAGAAUCCGUUUUUGGCGCCAUCGACAUAUCCGAAGAAAAAGAGAGCUUCCAAUUCGGCGAGAAACUGUUCGCCCCAAAAUAUCCAUUCUACACCGAU